AUGGUUCUGCGUCGCGUGCCGGUCCGCUUCGGUGUGCACCGUGUGGGCUACACGCACCCAAGCAGCCUUCCUGUGCCGUGCGCGCAGCGGUGGGACUUGCGGUUGGCGCGUGCUCGAAUAUUCCAGGAGUAUAUCGAGGAGAAGGCGCCAGGCGCGUGGCAGUUAGAGGAUGAGCGGUCCAUGUCACCAGAGUUCAAGACCUUUACAGGUUAUCCGAUGCGGGAUAUGCGGCCGGGGUAUGGACAGAAUUUGCCAGACUUCAUUAUGAAGAAGCGCUUGCCGAACAACACACAUUAUGAACUGUUCGCCCGCCGAGACAUCCCCAACGAAGACAACGCCAUGUAUGGGAAGUAUCUCUACGACAUGACGGUGCACGGUACCUCUCUUCCUUCCACGUACAGGAUGCACAAGGACAUUAACAAGGCUCAACGCAACGAUAGGAAGCUAUCUGGCAACCGCUUCAAGGUGCUUUGCUCAUCUGGGGCGAAGAAUCCGCCGUCACGGUGGGAGCCGCUUCCCGAUGCGACAGAUGAGGAAGAAUAG